AGCUAAUCAAACUUCACCCUUUUCAAACGGGUCCACAUUUGAUUCCCAAUCUGGGUUGAACAGGAAGGAAUCUCCUCCUUUUUAAGCUCGAAAUUACAUUACAUUUUUCAUUCAGUGUCUCAAAUCUCCACAUAUAUUAGCUGCCAUGGGAAGAAACGGAGAAGAACCCAUCCCUGAUCAAAUGGAAACGAUCCCUCUUCUCACUCCUUACAAGAUGGGUAAUUUCCAGCUCUCACAUAGAAUUGUUUUGGCACCAUUGACAAGACAAAGAUCUUAUAACAAUGUUCCUCAACAACAUGCCAUCUUGUAUUACUCACAGAGAACUACAAAUGGUGGUCUUCUCAUAUCAGAGGCUACUGGGGUAUCAAACACUGCACAAGGGUAUCCAGAAACACCUGGUAUUUGGACAAAGGAGCAAACUGAAGCAUGGAAACCCAUUGUGGAAGCUGUCCAUGAAAAAGGUGGAAUCUUCUUUUGUCAAAUUUGGCAUGUCGGAAGAGUUUCAAAUUCAGGUUUUCAGCCAAAUGGACAAUCUCCAAUUUCUAGCACCGACAAGGCAUUGACUCCACAGCUUCGGAGCAAUGGUAUCGACGUUGCACAAUUUACACCUCCCCGAAGGUUGAGUACUGAAGAGAUUCCUGAAAUUGUUAAUGACUUUAGACUUGCAGCCAGAAAUGCUAUAGAUGCUGGAUUUGAUGGUAUUGAGAUCCAUGGAGCUCAUGGUUACCUAAUAGACCAAUUCCUGAAAGACCAAAUCAAUGACAGAACCGACGCAUAUGGAGGAUCUUUAGAGAACCGUUGUCGAUUUGCAUUGGAAGUAGUUGAAGCAAUAGUAAACGAAAUAGGAGCAGACAGAGUCGGUAUAAGGCUUUCUCCCUUUGCUAGUUACAUGGAAUCAGGCGACUCAAAUCCUAAAGCUUUAGGACUCUACUUGGUUGAAGCAUUGAACAAGUAUGGUAUAGCCUAUUGCCACAUGAUUGAACCGAGAAUGAAAACUGUUGGAGAAAAAAGCGAAUGCCCGCAUAGUCUUGUUCCCAUGAGGAAGGUUUUCAAUGGGACUUUUAUUUCGGCUGGAGGAUAUGUAAGAGAGGAUGGGAAUGAAGCCAUAAGUGAGAAUCGUACUGAUCUUGUUGCUUAUGGUCGUUGGUUCUUGUCGAAUCCAGAUUUACCACUCAGGUUCAAGCUUAACGCACCUCUCAACAAGUACAAUCGAGAAACAUUUUACACACUCGACCCGGUUGUUGGCUACACUGAUUAUCCGUUUCUAGAUAUUCAAGCUUAAUAAUAUAGUAACAAUGUUAUCCGGUCUAUCAUUUUUCUUUGAAGAUUUGGUUUAAAAUUGGAUGUCAGUUCCAUUGGUUGCAGUUGAAAUAAAAUGCACUUGCUUAUUA